AUGAACUGCGUGUCAGAUUUCUUCACCUACGAGACCACCAAGUCAGUGGUUGUGAAGAGCUGGACCAUUGGGGUCAUCAACCGGGCAGUCCAGCUUUUGAUCAUCUCCUACUUCGUGGGGUGGGUUUUCUUGCACGAGAAGGCUUACCAAGUGCGGGACACAGCCAUUGAGUCCUCAGUCGUCACCAAGGUGAAGGGCUUUGGACGCUAUGCCAACAGAGUCAUGGACGUGUCUGAUUAUGUGACCCCACCCCAGGGCACCUCUGUCUUUGUCAUCAUCACCAAGAUGAUAGUCACUGAAAACCAGAUGCAAGGAUUCUGCCCAGAGAGCGAGGAGAAGUACCACUGUGUAUCAGACAGCCAGUGUGAGCCUCAGCGGUUCCCGGGCGGGGGUAUCCUUACGGGCCGGUGUGUGAACUACAGCUCUGUGCUCCGGACCUGUGAGAUCCAGGGCUGGUGCCCCACCGAGGUGGACACAGUGGAAAUGCCUGUCAUGAUGGAAGCCGAGAACUUCACUAUUUUCAUCAAGAACAGCAUUCGAUUCCCCCUCUUCAACUUUGAGAAGGGAAACCUCCUUCCCAACCUGACAGCCAGCGACAUGAAGACAUGCCGCUUCCACCCUGACAAGGACCCCUUCUGCCCCAUCUUGCGGGUGGGGGAUGUGGUCAAGUUUGCAGGGCAGGAUUUUGCCAAACUGGCCAGCACGGGUGGAGUCCUUGGCAUUAAGAUCGGCUGGGUGUGCGACCUGGACAGGGCCUGGGACCAGUGCAUCCCCAAAUACUCCUUCACCCGGCUGGACGGCAUUUCCGAGAAGAACAGCGUCUCCCCAGGCUACAACUUCAGGUUUGCCAAGUACUACAAGAUGGAGAAUGGCAGUGAGUACCGCACACUCCUCAAGGCUUUCGGCAUCCGCUUUGACGUGCUGGUGUAUGGGAAUGCUGGCAAGUUUAACAUCAUCCCCACCAUCAUCAGCUCUGUGGCCGCCUUCACCUCCGUGGGAGUGGGGACUGUGCUCUGUGACAUCAUCCUGCUCAACUUCCUCAAGGGGGCUGACCAGUACAAAGCCAAGAAGUUUGAGGAGGUGGACGAGAUGAUGCUGAAGGUCACUGCCUCGGCCAACCCAGAGUGCUCCAGCGACCAGACCACCGAGGAGAAGCAGUCCACAGAUUCAGGGGCCUACUCCAUUGGCCACUAAGGCCUCUGCCAGGGCCCCAAGCUCAUCCAUGGGCUCCAGGCCUCCCGAUAGGGCACCCCACCUGGGCAAGGAGGGAUGGAAAGGGAAGGGGCUUUCAUUUCUGCUGCUCACCCCAGGAAGCCAUGCUGGACCCAGGGG